CUUCCGUUGACACUGAAGGCCACAGCCGCGUUUGCUGGGCUUGUGUCAAGGGAUGAAGCUUCACUGACUGAUUGCUUGCGCGGUGCAAAAGCAUGUUCUACGAGUAUACGUUGUAAUUUAUUUCAGCAAAACGGGCCGCUAUAUUCCAUUGAUGUGCUCUCUGGUUGUUUCAAAAGCCCCUGUGUUAAAUGGAGCUAGAGGACCAGUGGUGGCAAGGACAACUGGCUAAAGAUAUUCACCAGGCGCUGCGAAACAAUGAGCUCAACCUGCCCUCCUUUAAAGGCCAGUCCCCUCAGCUCAACUUGAGGCGAUACUUUGCAGACCUCAUAGCCAUCAUCAGCAACCACUUCCGGCUGUGUCCCACAGCGAGACACCUUGCUGUCUACCUGCUGGACCUCUUCAUGGACCGCUACGAUGUCACGACUCAGCAGCUUCACAUGGUCUCGCUCUCGUGUCUUCUUUUGGCAAGUAAAUUUGAGGAAAGGGAGGACAAGGUUCCAAAAUUGGAAACACUGAAUAGUCUAGGGUGCAUGCGCUCCAUGAACGUAGUUAUGACCAAGCAGGCUCUUCUCCACAUGGAGCUGUUCCUGCUGGAAUCCUUCCAGUGGAACCUGUACCUCCCCACAGCAGCUCAUUUCAUCGAAUACUACCUUUCUAUCGCAGUUCACGAGGGAGACCUACACGAUGGCUUGCCUAUGACCUGUUUAGAGAAAACAAAACUCUACAUGGCCAAGUAUGUCGAUUACUUCCUGGAAGUCUCCCUGCAAGAUCAUGUGUUUUUAUGUUUUGAACCCUCUCUGGUGGCCGCUGCAUGCGUGGCUGCCUCGCGCCUCAUCCUGCACGUAUCCCCUACUUGGGCACCCCGAUUGCAGCGGCUCACAGGCUAUACAUUGGAUAACCUGGUCGCAUGUACCGAGAAACUCCUCAUUGCGCAUGACAGUGAUGUGAAAGAGGCCAACAAGCAUAAGUACCAGCAGCCGGGCCAACCGCUACAGCAGCAAGUUCAGACGGUCUACCACAGUUCGAGCCAGGCAGCCACUGUGGCCCAGUACCUGCACCGGCCCGGCACGCAGUAUCCCCGGCAAGUUGCGCAGUCAGCUCUCGUCCCAAACCACAGACCUAGCGCAUAUCUGGCCCACACCGCCACCCUGCAGGUCUCCAACGGCCCCGUGGCAGGGCAGUACUCAGGCCAUCACUGCCUCAUUGGAUCCAAAGUCUAACCUUACUGAAAGAGCUUACUUGCCAAGCCGGCACUUGUGCUACGUGCAUUCACAGCUGAUGAUGGUCUUUGGGGAUUUAGAGAUUGAGAAGAAAUUCAACGACUAUUAAAAGUCCAUGAAAUGAGAAAGAAUGCUUUUAGUUUAAGAGGACUUGAUGAGAUAGGCGCAGCAUGUUGGACCUCUGAGCUAUGUGCAAUAUGUAUGCUCUGUAGUCAUUUUCUGUGGAGAGCCAGUGUAAGGAUUUUUGUUCAAUUGAGUACCGCUAGUGACUUUGCACUGCUUAUCCUCACUAGGGUUGUAUUACUAUAAUUUUGCAUCAGGCCAAAAUUCUAUUUAAUUAAAACAAAGUAUCUUUGAAGUAUUGAUCACAGUGCCUUAUAGCGGUGCUGUUAAUGACUCCUAAGUUGAGGGAAGAACAGCACAGGGUUUGGGACCGUUUGUGGGCAAUGAAUAUUUUGUGAGCGCAAUUGUAUUUUUUUUCUGUACCUGUAUAGAAUUUUUGUUUACGUAUUUGUGAACUGUUGAAAGAAUGAGGUCAUAUGCAGAGACAGUGUUGCUCUUCUGUAGACAGAUUUCAGUCAGUGAUGUGCACUAAUGCGCAUUUUAAAUAAAAUACAAAUCUCUGUUGAACUGAAUUUGCUUUCU